CUAAGAUCGAACUCAAUUUGCGUUAGCAUUUUUUAAUUAUCUCUAGCAUUAUACCGUGGAAACUUAAAGAUGAAGCAACAGUACUCAAUCUUCUCAUUUUCAAUGCUCCUUCUUUCCCUUUGUUAUAUCAAUACCUUUGCCCAGUCACCAACAGCAGCCCCAGCACAGGCACCAGCAGUAAUCGUAGCACAACCUCCAGUCGCAACCCCAACACAGGCUGCUGCACCACACGGCAUCACCAACGUCACCAAAAUCCUUGAGAAGGCUGGCCACUUCAUGAUCUUUAUCCGCCUUUUGAGAUCCACCCAAGAGGAAAACCACUUGUUCUCCGCGCUCAAUGAUUCCAACACUGGUAUAACCAUCUUUGCACCGACAGAUAGUGCAUUUUCGGAACUCAAAUCAGGAACUCUCAAUACUCUAAGCGAUGGAGACAAGUCUGAGUUGGUGAAGUUCCACGUAGUUCCAACAUUUCUAUCGACUUCCCAGUUCCAGACCGUAAGUAAUCCUCUUGGAACAUGGGCUGGAACAGGUAGUAGGUUACCACUUAAUGUCACAAGUUAUCCAAACUCGGUGAACAUAACCACAGGACUUACCAAUACAAGUUUAUCUGGCACGGUUUACACGGACAACCAGCUAGCCAUUUAUAAGAUCGAGAAGGUGCUACUUCCUAAGGACAUUUUUGGAUCCAAUGCUCCAGCUCCAGCACCAGUACAGGCACCUGCACGAGAAAAACCUACUAAGGCGGUUCCUGCUGCUAAUGUAGAGAGUCCUGUUGCUCCUGUGGAUAUAUCUAGCGCAGUUACGUUUAUGCAUAAUAAUGUGGUUGUUGGAUCACUCGUUAUAGUUGCUGCUGCAAUGUUUGCUUGUAAUGUAGAAGGGUUUUGAAACUUGAGAGGAGAUAUGUUGGGCUUGGUUCCGGUUUUGUUUCAUGAUUUUGUUGACUUUGGAUUCCUGUUGAAAUUUGAAUAAUUCAAAUUUUACUUUGAAUCCAGGUUGUAUGAUUUGAGCUUGUGGUUAAGAUGGAAUUUUGAGAAUUUAUUUAAUUUCU